AUGGAGAACUUGAAUGUGCUCCAGGUUUGCGUUUACGUUACUAGGGUGUGAGCACGUCCACGUUCGGUGUGGUCCAGUACUGCAGUGUUCAGCUUCCUCGGCGCCAUCUUCCCCUGAGGUGGUCUUCGUGGCUGGAUGUAUCGUCUCGCCCUCAAGCCGACUAGGCGAUAACCUGUCCAGUCUGCCUCGUCAGACCACUUCUUUAUCCAGUACUUCACGGUGGUAUCAUCUACAGUCCAGCAGUUGCCAUUGGUUUGGCCCACAUUCGUCUUCUUGCGGUCAGGAAAACAGGAGAAUGUUGUCAAUCUGGCGCCUGUGUUCUGCACUCCAGGGGGGAGUCCAUUGUUGCAUUUUCCUACGUCAUGACGACCAACCGCCCCUUCCAGGUAGCGUGAUUUGCGUUUGUUGAAAUCGAUGGUCGAACUGUUGGGUGACUUGUACGGACCAGAUAGAGCGAGUACCAGGUUCACCGAGAAGCGGUAGUGAUCCGUAGCUUUUGCGGUGUGUGUCUUUUUCCCCCCAAAUGCACUUCUUUCAACCAAAACCAGUGAUACUUGAUAGUGAGGUACAUAUUCCCUAAAAAUACCUAGAUAUAUGACAGUCCUCGCCAUAAUGUUCCGACUGUACUGACACGACGUCUUAAAAUCUGUCCCUCUGGCACACGAAAUUAUAAGGAGCGACUCAGAACACAACCCUCUCGGAAGCGUAUCCUUCCACAGCGAAGUAAUGUUGCAUCUACAUUGAACCUAAGCAGAUCUUCUUAGGAGUCCUCAGUCCGCUCGUCUUUCAAAGCUAACAAUCCAGAGGAUUUAGUAAAACGAAAAAGACAAUUUGAGCCUGACUUAUAGACUUGAGGGAAAUACUACUCCUCUGACCGAACCUUCUUAUUCUUCCGACAAAGUUAGCCUUAGCUUUGUGCCUUCACUGGCGGUUUUUGUGGUUGAUGCGAUAAGCGCUUGAUACGUUCGGUCUUAAUUACCGUGCCACGCCAGUAACGAAUUACCCUACCCAGGCGCAGUUUUAACACUGCGCCCACGCGCGUAUUUGUCCCUUUCCGUUUGUGCCACCAAUAAAAUAACUGAAGGUUAGAUCCACUUCCUAUAACCAUGGUCUCUUCAUUUAUUCGGAUAUCAGGCACUCCAAUUAGUUAAGUAUAUUUCAUAGAUGUUUUGGCAGAUUUUGAAUAAUUCAUAUUGACCAAACUGUGAAAAAGUCGACGCCUCGGUGGGAUUCGAACCCACGACAGCAAGGGGAACGCUUUAGUACAGCCAACGCUCUGACCACUUGAGCUGCGAGGCCCCGCCGGACGACGCGAGUUUAAUCACACUUGGGUCAAGCUACCCGCCCAACCUACUGCAACGUCUGGAAUCCACCAAAUAUGAUACAGUAAGUUGACUGCCCAGGCAGGAUUUCCUAAGUAAUUCACCUAGAAUCCACCAGAUGACUACCAGGCUCACGUAAUUCAUAGAUGUUUUGGCAGAUUUUGAAUAAUUCCCAAAUCGGCAAGCCCCGAUGGAUUCGAAUGCCAUCACGCCUUUCCAAUAUGAACUACGUUAAAUGAAGCAGCAGUCGGAAAAGAAAUCUGUGCGGACAUUUAGCUAUAUGUUUUAUGUCUGAAACCAACAUAUUGAAACCGUUGGAUGAAAAGGCACAUGUUUGCUCAGUUGCCUUUUACCAACUGUCACCCCGGAUAUUUUUUUGGGUCGGCGAAAGCGAACCAUAGCUGCGCCUGCCUGAGGCUAACUUGUCGCUUAGUCGGAAAGUUAGUUUCGCAGUUAUAUUGCAUUCGAGACAUCCGAAUGCUAGUAGUAGACUGCGUAAUGCAGAUUGUUCAAAUUGGCAAGUCGCCGUCUUUCGACAAAAGGAAUACAAUACAUUUUCUAGCACAAUAAUUGCCAGGAUUCAAUUUUCCUCUUGUGGAAGCGUGUUAUUUCAUCUUUCAAUAAACAAACAGGCCUUUAGCACAAGUUAUGUAAUCUGACUCUUAAAACUCCAUUCGGUAUAAUCGCAUUGUCCUUCAUCAUAUCGCUUUGUACGUUGCCAGUACAGAAGAAAAUACUAAUAACUGUUCGAUCGUCUUUUUUCCUCUCUAACAGUGUGACUAGUUUGCUAGUCAGGUCGACCAGUUGAUGCUUAGUUGCACACAUUUACUCGACAUUUCAAGGAAAAAUGGACACUACUAACAGCCAUAGUUUGCACUAGGUCAGAUCUUGACGAUGCACUUGCAUGAGGCAUCCAGGGGAGAAAUUUGCGGUUAGGGAUCAAAUGUUAAAAACUAGAUCAUAGAUUGUUGUAAACGUUUGGCUGUCGCGCCCGGCGACGUCCACCAUGUACCUCACGAAGUGGACGCAGCGCCGGUGACUUGCGCGGCAUCUACUGCACUCUCUCCUCCCCAACCCAGCAGACACAGAUGUCAAAACAAUGAAAAAAAGACUGGGCGUGGGCUCUAACGCAGUGGUUGACGAAACUGAAUAACCCGCCUGCGCAUGCCGCACAAAACCUGGUCCUCGUACAAUGUACCGGAUUUUCAUGAAAAGUGGGGGGAGGAGCGACCGCGAUCCCAUUUAAGUGAGACUGUCAUAGAGGGACAUAUUAAUAAGGAGCCAGCCAACCUUACUCUCAGUCCUCCGGCCAGUCGCCACAGAUACACGCACAUGGCGCUGACCGGGAGGACCGAGUUAUCCCGUCGGUUGACCAUUUUUAAGCCACAACUUCCAGCGCGAAGCAAUAAACGCAGGCGCCUUAUGGUAAAUAUUAGUGGGGAAGGCGUUGGUGUGACGUUGGGACGGGUUCCUUGUUGCUGCGCACCAGUCGACUGUCUGAGUCUGUCACCCAGUUGGGCGUGGUGACUGACAGAGAUAGGCCGUCAACAUGCACCACACCUGAUCUGAAUGCCCCUUAAUGUACCGGGAUGAGUGGGAAGAAGGCUGUUUGAUUGCCGGAGCCAUUCCUUCACUCUUCUGAGCUUUCAGACUCGUACGGGGGUCCAUCGUCAGAGAUAAAAUCGGCAACAAAACAAGCAUCCGUUACCGAGGUAUGAGUCAGUCAGACAUUAGUGAUGUUAGUCUGGAGGUGACUGCGCAGGGCUCUGCGUGCCAGCGCCAGAUCCAAAUAUAGGUUGACUGGGUCCUCUUCCGAAACCCAGGCCUCAAGCAAUUCACGGCUCGUCUUACUUCUAGCGUAGGCCAUUAUCUUCGUGGUUGUGAGGUCAAACUUAUGAUCCGUUGCCUAGGUGUCGGUAGCCUCUUGUGAUAAUCCGCUACGCCGCCGCGCAGCUAGCUCAUGCUUGUGUAUCCACGACUCGAGCAUGUGUUCAGUCUGACCUGUGUAACUACAAGGACAGUUUACGCAAUGGAUGCGGCACAAUACACCCGACUGCUCACUAGGAUUUAAUUGGUCCUUGAUUUUCGUGGCCCUGCUUCGUAUCGUAGCUUUGAACUGGUGUGCAAUUCCGACGCAGUCCCGCAGCAGUGCGCUCAGUCGCCCCCUAACACGUCGUCGAUGUAUGACAGAGCAUCCCGUACUAUGGGGUGGUUUCUAGAUUGGUCCUCAGGGGGCGAACACGUAGGCCUCGACUUAUUACCGCCUUCGGAUAGCCGUUCCGGAUGAACUGGUCGCGGCGACAUCGGGCUUCACGUGCUUUUUCUUCUGAGUUGCUAGCAAGCAUUUAAAGCCAUUUGAAAUGUGUUUUCACACAGCUUCUUUUACUAGCCACCGGAUGAUUGCUGUAGAAGCUAAGAAGCUAUGCGGUAUUCCGAGCCUUCCUCCAGACCGUUACUUCUGUUUUGCCGUUGUGACUUCGUCUGGAGGGCAGAUCGAGAAAGGGCAGCUGCUGUUCAUUCUCUUCUUUCUUGAACUCCAUAUAAGGGAAGAUUGAGUUGGGCAGAUCACGGAAAUUCUCCAGCACGUUCCUCCUCCUCCUGAUGAUGAUGAUGAUGAUGAUGAUGAUGAUGACGACGACGACGACGAUGAUGAUGACGACGACGACGACGACGACGAUGAUGAUGAUGAUGAUGAUGAUGAUGAUGAUGAUGAUGAUGAUGAUGAUGAUGAUGAUGAUGAUGAUGAUGAUGAUGAUGAUGAUGAUGAUGAUGAUGAUGAUGAUGAUGAUGAUGAUGAUGAUGAUGAUGAUGAUGAUGAUGAUGAUGAUGAUGACAAACUCGUCAUCCAUGUAACGGAGCCUUUCAGGUGA